CACAGGUAUAUUUUUAUUACCAUACCACACGUCUAAAAAUAACUCCGCUCUUCAGAUGUUUACCUAAGCCCGAACCUUAAAUGUCUCUAUAAAUUUUAGUUCCCGAUUUUCUUUAAUUUUCCGGUAUCGCGUUGGUUUUUUUUUUAAAUUAAUUAAUUUGUGAUAAAUCAGCAACAUGCCCGUGUUCCACACCAAAACAAUCGAGUCUAUUUUGGACCCAGUUGCCCAACAAGUUUCAAAACUAGUAAUCCUUCACGAAGAAGCAGAAGAUGGCAUCCCCAUGCCAGAUUUGGAGUUUCCUGUCAAAUCAGUCAGCAAUGCAGUUAGAAACCUCGUUAAGGUUGGCAGAGAGACCAUCAACAGCAGUAACGACCCAAUCUUACGACAAGACAUGCCAUCGGCUUUACAUCGCGUUGAAAACUCCUCAAAAUUACUUGAAGAAGCGAGUCAAAUGCUUAAAUCCGAUCCUUACUCUUCCCCGGCAAGAAACAGGUUAAUAGAAGGCAGCGGUGGAAUUUUACAGGCCACCUCAGCCCUGCUCCUAUGUUUCGACGAAUCGGAAGUUCGAAAAAUCAUCCAGGAGUGCCACAGGGUUCUCGACUACCUCGCCGUGGCGGAAGUGAUCGAGACGCUCGACGAACUCGUGCAGUUCUUGAAAGACCUCAGCCCCUGUCUCAGCAAGGUAUCGCGAGAAGUGAGCGCUAGAGAGAAAGAGUUGACGCAUCAAGUCCACUCGGAAAUCCUCGUAAGGUGCCUCGAUCAAGUGAAAACUUUGGCGCCCAUCUUGAUCUGCUCGAUGAAGAUCUAUAUCCACAUCAGGUCGCAGAACGGGAAGGGUUUGGACGAGGCGGCCGAGAACAGAAACUACUUGACUCAGAGAAUGACGGAUGAGAUCAACGAGAUAAUUCGAGUUUUGCAACUCACUAGCUACGACGAGGAACAAUCUGACUUGGACAACUUGACCGUUUUGAAGAAGCUUCAGAACGCCAUACAAAACAGAAUCAACACUGCCAUGGACUGGCUGAUGGACCCCACUGCCGUUAGAGGCGGCGUGGGGGAGAAAUCCCUCUGGCAAAUCAUAGAUACCGCUAAAAAGGUGGCCGACAGAUGCCUUCCUCAAGACGCCAACACCAUAAGAAAACUUUGCUCUGAUCUUUCCACCAUGGUUGAAGCUUUGGGAGAGCUUAGGCAAGAGGGUAAAGGCGCCACCCCACAGGCGGAAUCUUUGGCGAGGAGCAUCAGAGAUAAACUCGGGCAUCUGCAGCAAGCAGUCAUGAAUGCUGUUGUUAAUGUGGAUAAAGCAGGACUGCAACAAACGGCUCACACCGUUCAAGGAAGAUUGGAACAAGCUAGGAAGUGGUUGUCCAAUCCUGGACAGGAUGAUAAGGGUUUGGGGCAGAGGGCUAUAAGCGCCAUAGUGGCCGAAGGACGUAGGGUUGCAGACGGCCUCCCGGGAGUGCAGAAGGCGGAAAUCCUGCAGCUUUGCGACGAAGUCGACGCUCUCAAACGCCAACUGGCCGACCUGUGCGCUCAGGGCAAAGGUAACACGCCGGAGGCGCACGAGAUCGCGCGGAAGCUGUCGCAGAAGCUGCACGAACUGAAGGAGAAGAUCAACCAGGCGGUGGUGAACAGGGUGGUGGAGGAUUUCAUCGACAUCGUCACCCCUCUGAAGCAGUUCACCGAGGCUGUCUUGGCUCCCGAAGGUACGCCGAACAGGGAUCAGAAUUUCUCGGACAAGGCUAAGAACUUGCAGCACUUCUCCGACAGGGCCGUGAAAACUGCGAGGAUGGUGGCGGCGGGCGGGAGCGGCGGUAACAAGAAGCUUGCGGAAGCGCUUCAGAGCGCCUCCCACCAGGUGGAGAGCUUGACUCCGCAGCUGAUUUCCGCCGGUAGCAUCAGGUUGAACUACCCGACUUCCAAAGCUGCCGACGAGCAUUUCGAGAAUCUUCGUCAGCAAUACGCCGACACGAUCACCAAGAUGAGGAACUUGUGCGAUGAGGCCACCGAUUCUGCAGAUUUCAUUAAGGCGUCUGAGGAACAAAUGAAGAAACACUCCUUCCUCUGCGAAGAAGCCAUCAAGAACAAGCAACCGCAAAAGAUGGUGGACAACACGUCCGCCAUCGCCAGGUUGGCCAACCGCGUGCUCCUAGUGGCAAAACAAGAGAGCGACAACUCCGAAGACCCGAAUUUCAUUGACCAACUCAACAGGGCCUCCGACGGCUUACAAGACAGCGUACCACCUAUGGUGCAGGACGCCAAAUCCGUGGCCGUCAAUCCUUCAGACCACAACGCUGUUUCAAGAUGGAGGGAUUCUAACAAAGCACUACUAAACGCCGUCGGUCAGGUUAGAAAGGCCGUGCAAGUCAACCCUGACCUUCCACCGUUGCCGGACUUCAACAAUCUUCAUCUGGAAACGGUCCCUCAACAACAUUUCAUUGAAAAAGUUGGAGAUCAGUUGAGAAACACUCCCAAUCCAGGUCAGGAUUCCGGAUUUUUAAGCCCGACCAAUCACGAGCCCGGCCGAGUCAGUCCUUUGCCGAAAUGGGCGAGAGAUCAAGCACCGCCGCGCCCACCUCUACCGCACGAAGGUGGCGCCCCCAUGCGGCCACCACCCCCACCGGAAACCGACGACGAAGACGACGUCUUCAAGACUGCGCCGUUGCCAAGUCAACCCAUCAUGGUUGCCGCGCAUAAUUUACACAGAGAGGUGCGUCAGUGGUCCGCCAAAGACAACGACUUGAUCGCGGCUGCGCAAAGGAUGGCCAAGUUGAUGGCCAGACUGUCCGAAUUGGUGCACAACGACGACAAAAAUUCCAAGCGGGAACUGAUCGCCACCGCCAAGGCUAUUGCCGACGCCAGUGCUGACGUCACACGCAUCGCAAAACAAUUGGCCAGGGAAUGUACCGACAAAAGGAUUAGGACCAACUUGCUUCAAGUUUGCGAAAGAAUCCCAACCAUAGCUACGCAACUGAAGAUUUUAAGCACAGUCAAGGCCACCAUGUUGGGACAACAAGGUUCGGAGGAGGAUAGGGAGGCGACUGAGAUGUUGGAGGGGAACGCGCAAAAUUUGAUGCAAAGCGUGAAAGAAACCGUACGCGCGGCAGAAAGCGCGAGCGUGAAAAUCCACGCGCAAAACCAUGGCAAGCUGAGAUGGGUGAGGAAGCAGCCGUGGUAUCAGUACGCCUAAACGUGGCAACACUGUUUAUGUAUGUGUUCAUUAAUUUAUUUAAUUCUAACCUAACUUUUUCCACUAAAACUGAACGAGAAGGUAUCUAAUAUUAUGAAUAGAUGUGGGUGGGGUUUUUGAACAAUUUUUUUUGCAAUUUAGUUUUGGUUUUUUCAAAUUUUGACUGAUAUCAUUUAAAUUGAUGGUUUUAAGAAAAAAACAUAUAGACCUUUUUUGUAGAGUGUUCAAUUGUCUACAAAAUUAUAUAUAACCCAUAUAUGGGUUAGUCUAGAAUGGGGUUUUUGGGAAGCCACCACAUAACAUAAAUGGAGAUUCACCCAUAUAUGGUUGCACGUCUAUUUAUUAUUUAUUUUUUUCAAAAUUAGAUAACAAAUCGGUUGUUGUUUAUUCUUUAAUUUUUACACCAUUAAAUAUUUAAUACAAUAAUUGCAAACUGUGUAAAAUGACCCUUAUAUACAUAGACUUAAAUUAGUAAAAAAAUACACCAACUAUGAAAUUUAAUAGAUAGUCCCUAUUAUGUGCCUUCCUUAGCAACUAAGCGCCAAAUAGCACAGUAUUUAUCUAGUAACCCGGUUUUAAUCCUUAGACCAUACACCCAUGGAUGGAGCAAGCCAAUGCGCCAUCCAGAGGUUUAUGGUCUAAGGUCAAAUAAAUUAAACCGGGUUUAUAUUAAUCGUAACGAGUCUAGUGAUGUAGAAUGCCUUGCCAACGAAAUAAUAAUUAUUAAUAAUGAUAGAUAUUUUUGUAUGCUUAAAAAUUUUACUACCUACAAGAAUUAUUUAUAUAUGUGCAAUAGUGCCAAAAUACCGAUUUUUUAAAGCAAUAUUUAAGCAAUCAACGAAGCUUUUUUAGGUUUAUAUGUUUACGAAAUAUUUUUAUUAUAUAUAUUUAUGUACCUAUGCUUUAAAUGUUUUUUUUCUAUUAAUUUUUUAACUGUUCUAUUUGUGUUUGGAAUGAAAUUUAUAUAACUUAAUUAAUAUAUGUAUAUGUUUAUUAAAUUAUGGAUUUUUAU